AUGUCGUCCGAGAAGCCCUUACCGUUCAUCUAUCAGUUCGCGGCAGGUGCCGUCGCCGGUGUCUCUGAAAUCUUGGUGAUGUACCCUCUGGACGUCGUCAAAACCCGAGUUCAGUUACAACCAGCCACAGCCAAGGGUCCUGAUGCAUACAAUGGCAUGAUAGACUGCUUCCGGAAGAUCGUCAAGAAUGAAGGGUUCGGACGCCUGUAUCGCGGUAUCGAGGCACCCAUUCUGAUGGAGGCGCCAAAGCGAGCCACAAAAUUUGCGGCUAAUGAUGCUUGGGGCAAAUUCUACCGCGACUUAUUCGGUAUGUCCAAGAUGAAUCAAUCUCUCUCGAUUCUCACCGGAGCCACUGCCGGUGCUACAGAGGCUUUUGUCGUGGUGCCUUUCGAACUGGUCAAGAUUCGUCUCCAGGAUCGAGCCUCUGCUGGCAAGUACUCUGGGAUGGUCGACGCUGUGACCAAGAUUGUUAAAUCCGAAGGUCCCCUGGCACUGUACAACGGCCUUGAGAGCACCAUGUGGAGACACAUCUUCUGGAACGCGGGUUAUUUCGGAUGUAUCUUCCAAGUACGGGAGCUGCUUCCAAAGGCGGACAAUAAGACCACACAGAUGGGUUAUGACCUGAUCUCCGGUGCUACUGGAGGCACAGUUGGGACGAUUCUGAACACUCCACUGGAUGUGGUUAAGUCCCGCAUUCAGAACAGCCCAAAGAUUGCUGGUGUAGUUCCCAAAUAUAACUGGGCGUUCCCAGCUAUCGGCACUGUGAUGAAGGAGGAAGGCUUUGGAGCGCUGUAUAAGGGGUUCAUUCCCAAGGUCCUCAGAUUGGGCCCAGGUGGAGGUAUCUUGUUGGUCGUGUUUACUGGGGUCAUGGACUUCUUCCGGAAGAUGAAGGCUGAAGCAUGA